AUGACACAAGAUUUCAACCAUCUCCUGAAUGCAGUGGAAACAAUUUCAGAAAAAGCGAAGAGAGUGGAUUCAGUUGAAACAACACAGAACUCAAAAGAUUUCCUGGACAGUGAGGAAGUAAACGCAGAAGAAUCAGCAAGAGUCAAACCGAUUGCAACGGCCGCUACGAACUCCGAGGAUUUUCCGGAUACCGCGGGAACAAACACAGAAAAAUCGAUAAGCGUAGAUGAACUCCGAACAGCCAAUGAAGAGUUGCACACUGCUCAGUCGAAAUCAGAAGCAUACUGGUUCAAGAAUGUACAAAAUAUGAAUGCAGAGCAGCCUCGGAUUCCAGAAACCUUAAAAUCACCACCGCUGCCAUCGGUAGCAAGAAGAACAGCAUCU